GGGGGGGGCGGGGCGGGGCAGACGCUGCGCCUGCGCCAUAAAGGCCGCUGCGCGCACCCGGUCUCCGCUAGCUGCGCGCCGCCCACCUUCUCUUCCUGCUCCAAGCUCGUCCAAGCCUGUGUACCCCGCUGCUGUCGCCAUGGCCGCGCUCACCCAGAAUCCGCAGUUCCAGAAGCUGCAGAAAUGGUACCGCGAGCACGGCUCUGACCUCAACUUGCGUCGCCUUUUCGAGGGGGACAAGGAACGCUUCAGCCACUUCAGCUUGAACCUGAACACCAACCAUGGGCAUAUUCUGGUGGAUUACUCAAAGAACCUUGUGACCGAAACUGUGAUGCAGAUGCUGGUGGACCUGGCCAAGUCCAGGGGUGUGGAGGCUGCCCGGGAGCACAUGUUCAGCGGCGAGAAGAUCAACUUCACAGAGGAUCGGGCGGUGCUGCACGUGGCCUUGCGGAACCGGGCAAACACACCCAUUCUGGUAGAUGGCAAGGAUGUGAUGCCAGAGGUCAACAGGGUCCUCGAGAAGAUGAAGUCUUUCUGCCAGCGAGUCCGGAGUGGUGACUGGAAGGGGUACUCGGGCAAGCCCAUCACGGACGUCAUUAACAUCGGCAUUGGCGGCUCUGACCUGGGACCCCUCAUGGUGACUGAAGCCCUUAAGCCGUACUCUUCAGGAGGUCCCCGGGUCUGGUUUGUCUCCAACAUCGACGGGACCCACAUCUCCAAAACUCUGGCCACUCUGAACCCUGAGUCGUCCCUGUUCAUCAUUGCCUCCAAGACCUUUACCACCCAGGAGACCAUUACGAAUGCGGAGACGGCGAAGGAGUGGUUUCUCCUGUCGGCCAAGGAACCUUCUGCAGUUGCGAAGCACUUUGUUGCCCUGUCUACCAACACGACCAAAGUGAAGGAGUUUGGGAUUGACCCUCAAAACAUGUUCGAGUUCUGGGAUUGGGUAGGAGGACGCUACUCGCUGUGGUCAGCUAUUGGACUCUCCAUUGCACUGCAUGUGGGAUUUGACAACUUCGAGCAGCUGCUCUCAGGGGCCCACUGGAUGGACCAGCACUUCCGUACGACACCCCUGGAGAAGAAUGCCCCCGUCCUGCUGGCUCUGCUGGGUGUCUGGUACAUCAACUGCUUCGGGUGUGAGACGCAGGCCAUGCUGCCCUAUGACCAGUAUCUACACCGCUUUGCGGCCUACUUCCAGCAGGGUGACAUGGAGUCCAACGGGAAGUACAUCACCAAGUCCGGCACUCGUGUGGACCACCAGACGGGCCCCAUUGUUUGGGGGGAGCCAGGGACCAAUGGCCAGCAUGCCUUCUACCAGCUCAUUCACCAAGGCACCAAGAUGAUACCUUGUGACUUCCUCAUCCCAGUCCAGACCCAGCACCCGAUAAGGAAGGGUUUGCAUCACAAGAUCCUCCUGGCCAACUUUUUGGCCCAGACGGAGGCCCUGAUGAAGGGGAAGUCAACAGAGGAGGCCCGGAAGGAGCUGCAGGCCGCAGGGAAGAGUCCAGAGGCCUUGGAGAAGCUGUUGCCACACAAGGUCUUUGAAGGAAAUCGGCCAACCAACUCUAUUGUGUUCACCAAGCUCACGCCAUUCAUUCUGGGAGCCUUGAUUGCCAUGUACGAGCACAAGAUCUUCGUUCAGGGUAUCAUCUGGGACAUCAACAGCUUUGACCAGUGGGGGGUGGAGUUGGGAAAGCAGCUGGCCAAGAAAAUCGAGCCUGAGCUUGACGGCAGUAGCCCAGUGACCUCUCACGACUCUUCCACCAAUGGGCUCAUCAACUUCAUCAAGCAGGAGCGUGAGGCCAGAAGCUAAUAAACUCAUGCCCGGCUGCAGUCCCUGUUGUGACUGGUCCUUCUUGUCGCUCCUCCCCAGAGAUGCACUGCACAGUCCUGCCCAGAGCAGCCUCUGGUUGCAGGCUUGGAGCAUAAGCCCUUUGGGGGAAGCUAGUCUGGAAUUGCCACCCUGCCCUUCCAUGUCCACGUGCCCUCUGUUUUACAAUCGGCUGAAGUGUUUCGGUGCAGCUGAUUUUUCUGACCAUGUUCACUUUGUUCAUGUACCAGAUAGAAAAAUAAAGAUGCCACAAAGGAG